CUCCACUGUGCAUGAAAUCCGACGGAUAAGAAUUUAAAUUCUCUGCUCGGAGAUAAGGCCAAAUCCACUCGGCAUCCACAUCCGCACUAUCUAGUGAUGCGCCGGCAGUUACCAUCGUCGUCCCACUCCGUCGUUCUAUCCAAUCUAAGAGCGACGGUGAAGAUCCGCUGCUCCAUGUCUAACGACAUUAAUGGCGAGCUAAGCUUUUGAGGCAUAGACCGAACUGCACAAUACAAGCGACACCGUGGCUGGUGACGCGUUCGAUGCUGUAUAGCGGGGCGGUCCUCCUGGCUUGUCGACGGCGGAUAAAGCAUAAUGAGACGUUGCUAUUAAUACCAGAUGGCAGAGUCUGCGGCGAGAAUUUAACAGGGGCAGCUGUCCUUUUCUCUCUCUCCCAGACUGUUUGGAGCGUUGUUGUUAUUGCCAGUCGCUCUUUUCGUAUCUAUACAUACAUUCCUGACGUUCGUUAUAUACCAUCGUUUUCUCAUCACUAAUUCCAAUACACCAACAAGCCUUCCUGUUCUACACGACGAUGAAGCUUUCGUGGGCAGUGGGAGCGGCCCUGUUGGGCACCGCUGUGGCCGAUGUCGACCCCAUCAUCAUCAAGGGCUCCAAGUUCUUCUACUCGAGUAACAAUACCCAAUUUUAUAUCCGUGGUGUUGCCUAUCAACAGGACUACUCCAGCAACGGUACCACCAAUGGCUCUAACAGCUACAAGGAUCCCUUGGCCGAUGCUACAGCCUGCAAGCGUGACGUGCCCAUCAUGCAGGAACUAAACACAAACACCAUUCGGGUCUACGCCAUUGACCCGACCGCCAACCACACCGUAUGCAUGCAGUUGCUGGCCGAUGCAGGCAUCUACGUGGUCUCGGAUCUAUCUGAUCCCACCCAGUCCAUCGACCGGAGCGAUCCCACCUGGGAGACUACUCUCUACUCUCGUUACACAUCGGUCAUUGAUGAGAUGGCUCAGUAUAAGAACACCUUGGGCUUCUUUGCGGGUAACGAAGUCUCCAACACAGUCGGUACGACGGAUGCCAGCGCGUUUGUCAAGGCGGCUGUCCGUGACAUGAAAUCCUACAUCAAGCAGAAAGGCUACCGCACCAUGGGUGUGGGAUACGCCACUAACGAUGACUCUGAUAUCCGUGUGAACAUGGCCGACUACUUUAAUUGUGAAAGCGAAGAAGAUAGCAUCGACUUCUGGGGCUAUAACAUCUACUCCUGGUGCGGUGACUCGUCGUACUCCGCCUCUGGCUACAAGGACCGCACGGAAGAGUUCGCCAACUACUCUGUCCCUGUCUUCUUCGCGGAGUAUGGUUGUAACGAGGUCCAGCCUCGUCAGUUCACCGAAGUCGAUGCCCUGUUUGGUGACAAGAUGAAUGGCGUAUGGUCUGGUGGUAUUGUCUACAUGUACUUCCAAGAAACCAACGAUUACGGUCUUGUGUCUAUCGUCGACAGCACCAGUGUCAGCAAGCUUGCCGACUUCACCUCCUACUCGAAGCACAUCGCCAGCGCCACCCCCUCUGGUGUGAACAAGGCCUCCUACACGCCUACCAACACUGCCCUGCAGAGCUGCCCGGCUGUCAACAGCGCCUGGAGAGCCACCCAGACCCCCUUGCCUCCUACCCCGAACGAGAACCUGUGUGAGUGCAUGUCUGAUGCCGCCGCUUGUGUCGUGAAGGACUCCGUCUCUAGUGACGACUAUGCCGACCUGUUCUCUCUGGUCUGCGGGUACACUACUUGCACGGGCGUGUCCCGCAACGGCACCACCGGAAACUACGGCGCCUAUGGCAUGUGCAGCCCCAAGCAUCAGCUCAACUUCCUCCUCAACAAGUACUACACCGAGCAGAACUCUGCUGCAUCGGCCUGUAGCUUUGGUGGCUCGGCCACGGUGACCUCGACCACUAAGGCGAUCGGCACUUGCUCCAGCCUGAUGAGCCAGGCUGGUACUGCCGGUACGGGUACCGUCACUUCUCAACCCACCGGUACCUCGGGAUCGGGCUCGUCUGCUUCUUCUUCCACCUCUUCCGGUUUGGCUCCUACCACGGGUAGCACUAUGGUGGCGGUUGGAUCUGUUCAGCUGGGCGCGUACAUUGUGACUGCUGUGUGCGCUGCAUUAUUUAUGAUUAUGCUGUAGAUUGGUUGGAUAGAUACGCGGAUUUUGCUUUUAAACUCACUUUAGUCGCUCCUUAGCUUUUCUUGUAUAAUAGAUCGUUUACAUCUUAGUGGACGCAUCUAGCAAUUUUGCGAUCUCUGACCAACACAAAAUAUCGCUGUAUUCAUUGACAUUUGGCAGAGCUCUGAGAAUAAUCG